AGACCUUCACUUUGGCGGAGGAAAGCAAAUGAGGAGGGUUGGUUGACGGCUCACCAAGGGACCUCCAACCCGCUGUAUUUACCAACAACAGGCGUUUAUUUCCCAACACUGUACCGUCCGAGCAUACGGACUCUCUAUUAAGAACUUCCCUCUACCUCGACUAAUAAAUGCCAAGAGAAACAACACAAGCGCCAAGAGAUAAGGAUCGCUGCUCCGAAUUUCACAGACUACACAGUCGGACAAACAGAGGGAAAAACAACAAAAGCGCACGCAUCGUCGCCGUUGCCUUUCUCAAUGCAUACCCUUUGUGCCCGGGGAACGAUGAAACCAGAGAUCAACGCCGCCGUCGGAUUUCUGUCGAGAUUUCUGAGGGUAAAAGGACACGUAAACGAUCGACAGGUCCAAACGUUCAGCCAAAGCUUACAAGACAUUUUGGCAGAGCAAUAUAAGCACCACUGGUUUCCAGACAGGCCUUGCAAGGGUUCAGGUUACCGCUGCAUUCGCAUCAACCACAAGAUGGACCCCCUGGUGUGGCAGGCAGGCCAGCGCAUUGGUCUGACUAUCCAGCAACUCUACCUGCUCCUGCCCAGCGAGCUCACGCUCUGGGUGGACCCAUUUGAGGUUUCCUACCGCAUUGGUGAAGAUGGCUCCAUCUGCGUCCUGUAUGAGUCGCAGCCCGGUCCCGUAGGAAUGCCAGCGACAGCUACCACCAGCUCCCCCUCAGGAAACAGCGGGGCAGUGAGCCCUAUGGUGGACAGUCACAUCAGCUGCAAGGAGGAACUGAUGGUGCUGGGAAGAACCAGUCCCUCCAAAGCCUACAAUAUGAUGACUGUGUCUAGUUAAAGCGGCACAUAGUCACCCAGGCCUACUAUUUGUUCAGGGUCACGCCAUGGCUGGUGAUUUGACCAGACCAGGGUGAGCCUUUUUAAAGCUAAGAAUAUGAAAUGAAAUAGUGAAAGAAGAAAAAAAGGAAAAAAAAAAAAACAAAAAAAAAAACAGAGGAUGUGGCCUAUCGUCCAGGUGAUGGAAACCUAGUAGGUUUGAUAUUUUCUACCCUCUCUCCCCAUUAUCAUCUGUUCUGUUGUGUCAUUGGAUCAGCUGGGCACUCCAUUUUUUUAGGAGAGGCUUUGUGGGAAUGGAACUGUUGGGGCAGCUAAACCAACCAACCAGGAACCCCCAUGGAAACUGGCUCCGCCUACCCCCGCACUCUGAACUGUAAACAUCAUGGUGAUCAGUUCCAUGUCCGAAGGGGCUAUCAGCAUUGACUUUGCACUUACUUGUGGUUACUAUGGGUACAUGUUCAACACACCACUGCAGAAACACCAGUCAAAAUUACAAGGAAUUUUUUUUUUUUUCCUUAAGAACUACCCCCCUCAAAAUUCAAACGCUUUUCCAGUUUGCUGAUUUUCAUUUAUUUUUCUUUUGCGAGUGGGGAGGAAGUUGAGGUUCAGACUGUACCCAGUGAAAUCCAAGCUCAAGGUAAAGAAACUCCCAAUGAGAGUAUCUCUAUUUUCUAUAUAAAAAAAAACCUUUUCUGGACCACAGGGAAUAUAUUUUCUUUAUCUUUUAGCCAUUGGAAAAAAGGCUUGCGGUCUUAACUUUGCUUCCUCCCCCUUCUACUCUGAACUGCAAGUUUCAGAAAGCAUUCAUCCCAGCCUUCUCCCGACCUGUAUGUAAGUGCGAGCAGAAUGUGUUGUGACACCUGUUACCUAUCAACACCGGUGUGUCCCGUUGCACUGUCACUCUCCCGUCACCCAUGUUCGUGUAGCUUUCUGAGGGAGGGAAAGGGGAUCGGUCUCCCUUCCUCUUCCCUCUAGGUAAUGAAUGUUGUUGAAAUUCACAAUCAAGUUCAUGUUGUUACUAAUUUUGCCCCCUUUUUCCUCCACCAUUUCUCCUGCGUUACCAAAACUCAAAAGUGUAGCAUAAGGGUGGGGGUGGGGGGCUUUUUUAGCCAAAUUGUGGCCCAGUUAGAAUUAACAUUGAAUGCACUUUGACGUGAGAUUGUGUGGGAUGUGCACCUUUUUGGAGAAAAUCACCUGCAUUCCAUCCAUUCGAAUGUCAUCUUUUCUCACCAUUCUUACUGCCCUUCCCAUUUUUAGCCGUUUGGUGAUACUGUAGCUCCCAAAGUCGCGAUGGACUGAUGUUUGGUCACGUGUGCAACAAUGGAUUUCAAAACCUUUAACACUGUAUUUGUGAACAUUUCAGAGCUGUUGAUUUGUUUUGGGGUUUUUUUUGUUUGUUUGUUUUUUUUAAGGUGGAGAGUAUUCUGGGUGGUAUGUUAGAAAUAUUCUUUUAUCCAUUCAUACGGCACUGUUGAUUCUGGCACAAUGUAAAGCUACCCCCACCUUCCCUCCCUACACACCACCUCCAACACACACAGAUGGUGAUUUAUGUUGCUGAUUUUAAAAAAAAAACAAAAAAAAAAAAACGUUUGCCUGAAAGGUCUGACCUAAGUGAUGACUAUGUGACACUUUGGCCAAAGGGAGGUCUGGAGCAUCGACUGUUCAGAGAUUAAUUUUAACUUGAAUUGGAAAAAAAAAAGAGGCCUUGUUAGCCUUCUAUUUCCAUUCCUUCUUUAUAAGGUCUUGUAAAAGGGAGAUACUUUUGGGGGGGAUUGGAGGUGCACUGCCUUAUGGAGACCUCAUUGUCAAGCAUUUUGAGCCAUUUGUGAUGUUAACUAAUACUGGGCUUAUGAGAGCCAACCUGGUGCAUUGUGCUGCCUGGACCCUCACUGGAGGUGUCCCCUUUCCAGCCUGGCAGCUUCAACUGCCCCACCCCUCCUGGUGUCAGGGUUAGAGUGCCUCAAGUACCACAUAUCAACCCCCUUAAGCUCAGACCUCCUGUUUAGCCAAGAGCAGGCCAGCAUGCUGCUAGCUGACCCCCUGUGGAUGCAGGUAGACUUAUUAUGACACAUAUCAUCAUCCAUCACCGUGGGGAGCUGGGUAAGGAAGGCAGGCUUGGGGAGCUGGUGUAAGAGAGACAGGGGCCAGGGCCGGACUCUUUUGUCCAGGGCAGCUAAAAUCCCUCCGGCCCCUUCCCUCUUGGACUUGUUCAACAUCCCCCACCCUGACCAGAACCCCUCGACUCUCCCUCAGCAGUGAUGGAUAACCAGCACACGCGCUUGGCGUGCUCAAGCUGCACUUGGGGGUGGGCUAGUGAGAGACAAGGAAACAUGGAUCAAAGAUGAAGAAUUGAGGGUACUAGGCCAUUGGUUUUUCAUUUUCAUCUCACUGGAUCGCGCUGCACUUAAUUACUGAGUUUGCGUAGCAACUUUGUUUACAUGCAUAUGAAAGGAUGUUAUGGCUUUCUGCUGUACCCCCACUUUACUCCUGGUUCUGGGGGUUGAAUGGGUAACAGCAUGAUGGAACAGAUGCUAGAACGGCUACGGGUGUUGCUCAGGCCUUAGCCACUGGCCAAAUCUGUCACGGCAGGCUGGUUUGCCGCACAUCACCAGACCUAUGGGUGUUUAAGCUCCCCUAAGCUUGAGAGGAUCAUGGGUAAUAUAGCUAUAGCCUUUGACGCACUGCAACCCCCCUAACCCCCUGCACCCUGCUCUCUGCUGAUACUCCCUUCAGCAAUCUGUGAAAAGCAGUUAUUCCAUGUUGGCCAGAUGGAGGAGAGCUUGCCGGGCUGAGAGCCCAGAGCUUUGGUUUCCAUGGUGGACACCAGUUUUAAAAUCAUGCUGCUCCAUUAAAGCUUUUUAAUGUCACGUGAGAUGUUUUGAGAUUGGUCUAUAUUUCAGACGAGAGAUGAUCAUCUCGCCUCACUGCUCUUGAUGUAUUUUAUGGUCACACUGGUAGAUUUUCCUCAUCUUUCCACUCAUAUCCAUUUCCCCCUCUUCAUCCUCUUUUUUAAGAGGAUUUUUAGUCUGGUGAACUAACCCAGUUUUAACAAUUUAAUUCUCCUGGGGCUUCAAAAAUUAAAAAAAAAAAAUUAGAAAACAAACUAAACCCAAAUCCCUUUGGACACCAUUUUGACUUUGCUUCUACCACCUGAAAAUGGUUUUAAAUCCUCAGUAAUGUUAACUAUUUAAAUGGCAUCCAUUCAGCUUGUGCGCACUUAGAUUACAAAAAUUGUUGUGAGAGUGCUUUGAGUAGUCAGAGGUAAAAUAGCACAUAAAUGCACUAAAUGUUGAAGUUGUGUGACUUUUUUUUUUUUUUUUUUUUUUUUUUUGAGACGCGAGGAGUCUCUUCUGGAAUGUAUUGCCAAACUCAGGCCUCGGACAUUCAAUAAAUACUCUUAUGGAAAAGUUGUGCAUGUUAAGAUAUGAAACAGGAAGGGAACAGCGGUUUCGUUGUUGUUGUUGUCAAUACUGUCAUCGAUUAGUUGAAUUAUUGCCACUUUCGCAUUUGAGGUGUUUUACAUAUUGUAGAAUGUAUUGUAACUGUACAACAAAUGGUAGAGUACAUAACAUUACACAUGGGAAGUGCCAAUAAUUUCUAUACCGAGGUGUUAUUUUAGAUGUAUUCCUUUUUUGUAUUUCAUCUUUUAACAUGGAUAAUGCUUUUUCGUAAGUGAAGCCAUUUGUGAUGGGAGUGUUGGCAAGGACCAAAGUUGUUCUGGUAAAAUUAUUAGUUUCCAUGAUCUGUGACUAUAGACGUAUCCUUUGUUUUUUUUUUUUGUUUUCUGUUUUCUUUUGUUCAUUCAUUCUUUUGUUUUUUCCCUUUUAUUUCUAUUUACAUAUAAAACCACAAAAUAGACAAAAAAAUCUGAGCUUACCCAAGAAGAAAAGCUGUACCUUGUGAUCUCAUGUCAGUACAUCUUUAUCGUGUUCAGUUUCUUUUUCCUUGGGUAUGUUGUGAUGAACUGCUGUAAAUUUGUACAGUUCAUGUAAAUUGUGAGGAAGUUGUACAGAUUUCUAUAUUUUGGAAGAAAAGUUUUUUUUUUUCUCUGUAAUAAAAGAUUUCCUAUCUUGGCAUCAUA